UAUUCCUGCCAGCUUGGUGUCGUCUGCUAAUUUGAUGAGUUCCCCAUCUAUCCCAUCGUCUAAAUUGUUGAUGAAAAUGUUGACGAGCACUGGGCCCAGUGCUCUUUCUCUCCCCCGCCCCCACUACUUUUGAAAUGUGUUUAGCUUCUGGGUGCUGAAUUAAGUGCACAGGAAUCUGUUACUAUAUUGGUUUGUGCCAGAAUAAGAAGUUGAUUUUCAUUUGCCCCAUUUCUUCACUGCAUAAGCAAAAGAAAGAUCAUUAAGGGAGAAAAGGGAAAGACUAAGAAGUCAAUCCGGUGUCCCCUUCUGAGAUUUUUAGGCUACUAAAUAAUAUCAUUUAGUGCUUCAUCCUGUAUAAAAGCUGUAAGUGUGACAUAGGAUGAGAUUCUGGUGGUUUUGAAUGUUUGAUAGACAUGCACAUUUUGCCAUCAAGCGAAUAAAAUCCUUAGCAUAUUUCUCUACUUCAUUCAACAAGUUUUUAAAAACCAUCCAAAGUUUUUUUUUUUUAAAAAAAUACAUCAAAUGGUAAAAGUGGAGCAUCUUCUAUUGAAGUUAGCUGAUUUAAUGACAAAACAAAAAUCCAGUAUCACAUCAGUGAAUGAUUGAAAAAUGAAGUCCAUUUUGCAAUGACCCAAAUAACUUGACUGCCUCCUACCAUGACUAUUUGUAAUUAAAAUGUUAAUGAAAAAGUAACAUUGCAACCAGUCCUCACAUUUAUGACCUUCAUAGAUCUGUAAAACAAAGUAACCCUGAAGUAAGAUCAUAAGCACAGUUGUGGUUUUACUAAGUGAUCACUUGACAACCAAUUUGCCAGUUCCAGUUGUGGUUGCCAAACAAGGACUACCUGUAUAGGAUUUCUGACAAUUUGGGAUUGCCCUGAUUAUAUUAUUAUAUUCCUUAUAAAUAACAAUAUAAAUAAUAAAUCUUUACCGACCUAUGUAAAGGAAUAAACUAUUUUUAAUCAGGAGUCAACAGCUGCUAAUACGUAAUAUAAUAAAAAUAAAUAUAUUUUAUAUGUUAAUGAAAUUCUGUGUUGACGUGCUCGAGCUUUAAUGUAUUUGCUUGACCCCAGCAGAACAAGCAAAAUGGUACAAAAACACAAAAUUACAGAAAAACUCAUGACUCCCCAUACCCAUUUCUAGAAAAACUAUUGGGGUGGAAUAAUUAUAUUUUUAAUUCAAAUAAGUUAAUAUUUUAGAACAUUAUUUGAAUAUAUUAUCCAAUUUACAUCAUUGAAACUUUCUGACAUCUAGAAAAUAAAGUAUACUACUAUGUAGAUAAUUCCUGAUGUUUGAAAAGAUAUAAAACAUGUAGAAUGCUGAAAGCUAAAAAUAUCUGCUACAAUAGAAGAGUUUUACAAUUCUAGUCCACUUUAUUUUCCCCAUUGAAUUUGUUUUUCAUAUUCUACAUCUUCUGUGCCAUAUACAUUCAUUUUGCUCACUUUAUGUCCUAAAGCAAAUUCAAAGGUUACUUCAACUUGUACAACAUCCUCAGUUCCUGAUGACUAUGAAGUGCAAUGAAAGUUGCAACUUAAAAGCUCAGUUUUAUGAAAAAAAUCCCGCCUAAUUAAGCAUAUGUUUCCUAAAAUGCCAAAAUAUCCUUCAGCAUAAUUAAAUAUUUUUUUUCAUAUAAUCCACAGAUAGUAUGGUGAUAUAUAGUGCCUCUGAUAUAAAUAAUACUUUACCAUGCAGAUAAUUUUCAACAUAUGAUCGGGACCCAAAAAAAAAAAGGUACUUGCAACCUGGAUUUGAAAUUUUGACAGCAGGGCCCACUCUACAUACACAGGAUCACAUUUUGGGCACUUGGUAACCAGCCUGCAUUUAUGGCCAUUUGCAGAAUCUCACAGUUAUAUGAUCACAAUCUACUACAUUUUUUGCUGGAAACCAAAGUGUACUUAUGAUUUCUGGAAAAAAUGCCCAUUACAGGCAAUGAGUUCAUUUAAUGACUGGUAUUUGCUUAAUGACCACUGCAAAAUCAUAAAAUUGGGCACUGUCACAUGGUAACCUGCUUAACGAGCAGCAAAACCUAGGACCAUAAUUCCAGGUUAAAUUAUAAUAGAUAAUAGCUAUGUCAAUGCUGCUAACAUCAGGUGUUAUUGCUUUGACAACAGAUGGAAAUGCAUUUAUUUUUCUCUUUCACUUUUGGGAAGGGGGAUGUGGAUGAGAGUCCAUUUAGUCAUAACAAUUUCAAGUCGUGGGAAUUCAAGAUUAUUGAGCCCAGAGUUGAUAUGGAUUGGGCGGGUUGGAGAGCUGUGGAGAGAGCCCACGUUUUCAAGCUAAUUGGGGAAUGUGAUUUAUGACUGUUAGUUGGAGGAGGGAAUUGUGCUUUGCUACUUUGUGCCAAGGGGAGGAGAGUUCAGUUGUUGGCUUCAAUUUUGUAGUGCCUAUAUUAUGCUUCUCGAAUAAAAGAUUCUUUAAGGUAAACAAUGCCUCGAAGUUCUUUUGAGGAGUUUUAUCUGCGGAACCAUGACAAGCUAUCUAUGAAUAUCUUGAUUGAAAUGGUCCAAUUUUAAAAAAUAAGCACUAUUUAUUAUAGCACAUAAACUAUUACAUUUCCAUAUUAUUCGUCUUAGAAGCUUGAAUUAUGACAUUAUUUUUAAGGAUAAAUUAUAUUCUGGAAUAUAGAUAUUAUAAAAAACAGCCUAUAUUAAUUAUAAUAGUAACUGAAUCUUAUGCAUAAACAUCAUUCAGGUCAACAAGACUAACUUUUCCAGCACUGUGCAUAUGUAUAUUUAGGACUGAGCUGUAUUUUUGGAUGUUAAUACUUUCUCUCCAUGGCUUUUGCCCCACAUUAUUCCUUGAAAUCUUGCAUCAGUCCUCACAAUCCCUAUUGUCAUUAAGCAAGGAACACAGAUCAUGAAGUAAGGUGUUGUGACUUUCUGGUUGCUUCCAACAAACAAAGUCAAUGAGGAAAUUAGCGUAAGUUAUAAGUCCCAGGCACCUCACAAGCAGGCUGAUGGGCAGAAAGUGGCUGCUACAGGCCAUGUAUGGCUACUGCCAGGUGAGACAAGAUGCAUGGGGGACUGCCAUAUUUUUAUUUCUGUGCGUAUGCUGUAGGUACACACUGUUGCUGGGAAAGAAGCACAGGAGUGUGAGCGACUUACAAGAGUAACUUGUGACCUUCUCUGCUGGCUUCCCCAUUGACUUUGCUUGUGGGAAGCCAGCAAGGAAGGUUGAAAAUGGGGAUCUUCUGACCAUGAGAUAUUGCAACUGUCUACUUGUUUUCAACUGAGGAUCAACUGUACAUUUCCAGACCAGCUUUCUUUUGAUCUAGUUCCAUUUGGGGUGGCUGAUAUGGAUUACUUUCAUCUAGAUUCUCUUGCAAAGCAGUAUUGAGCCAGAUUGGAUUGGACCUUCUGUGUGGAAACAUCAGUCAAGUACCUACCAAUGUAUUCUCAAAAUUAAUUGAAUUGUUGAAAGACAAUCAUCAUGGGAGGAGCUGUGAGUGCAGGAGAAGAUAAUGAUGAUUUAAUUGAUAACUUGAAAGAAGCACAAUAUAUUCGCACUGAGCGAGUAGAACAAGCCUUCAGAGCUAUUGAUCGUGGUGAUUACUAUCUGGAAGGCUAUAGAGACAAUGCAUAUAAAGACUUGGCUUGGAAGCACGGAAAUAUACAUUUAUCGGCACCCUGCAUUUAUUCUGAAGUCAUGGAAGCAUUAAAGCUUCAGGCUGGAUUGUCUUUUCUUAAUCUGGGUAGUGGAACCGGAUAUUUAAGUACAAUGGUGGGAUUAAUAUUAGGCCCUUUUGGAAUAAAUCAUGGAAUAGAACUUCAUCCUGAUGUAGUGGAAUAUGCUAAGGAAAAACUGGAGAGCUUCAUAAGAUACAGUGAUAGCUUUGAUAAAUUUGAAUUUUGUGAACCUGCAUUUGUUGGAAAUUGCUUGCAGAUAGCCUCAGACAGUCAUCAGUAUGACCGGAUUUAUUGUGGAGCAGGUGUGCAAAAAGACCAUGAAAACUACAUGAAAAUUUUAUUGAAAAUUGGAGGCAUUCUGGUUAUGCCUAUAGAAGAUCAGCUAACCCAGAUCCUGAGAACCGGACAGAAUACUUGGGAAAGCAAAAACAUUCUUGCUGUAUCAUUUGCUCCACUUGUACAGCCAAGCAAAAGUGACACCAGCAAAAAUGAUAGUGUGGGGCUGCCUCCCUGUGCUGUUAGGAAUCUACAGGAUUUGGCUCGGAUCUACAUUAGACGCACCCUUAGAAACUAUGUAAAUGAUGAAAUGCAAACCAAAGGUAUUAUACAGAAACCUCCACCAAAACGUAAACGCAGAAGGUGUCGUAGACGCAGGAUUAAUACCUAUGUGUUUGUUGGCAAUCAACUCAUUCCUCAACCUCUAGAUAGUGAAGAAGAUGAAAAGAUGGAGGAAGACCACAAAGAAGAUGAUGAAAAAGAUCAAAAUGAAGUCUUGAAAACAGAGCAACCUCCACGAAACUUAUUGCGGGAAAAGAUUAUGAGUCUACCACUCCCUCAAUCUCUAAAAGCCUACUUGACAUACUACAGAGAAAAAUAACCUUUGCUUUUAAGUAAAAUAAUAAUGCCUACUUGAUAUUUUCUUAAUCCUUGAAAUGUAGCAUUUACUUAAGUACAGUAAUCUUUCAGCAAGGCUUUAGAACUGUGAUGAAUCAAAACAUAACUUGUCUUAACUUUGCUAUAAGGACUUGGAUUCAGCAGUAGUUUCCUAUUUUAAAUCCUAUUUUGUUACCUUUCCUUCCCCCCCCCCAGGAAAUAUUGUUUUAACUUGACUAGAAAUGGGUUUCACAGCAGUGUAUAGCAUUAAUUAAGAGUUUGCAUGAUAAAUCUUUUUGCUCCCUGACAAAUUUGUAUUGAUGAGAAUUAUAACAUUUUUAUAUAAGUGAAUAAAAGUGUAUUCAGAUAACAGUAAGGAUGGUCUGCAUUCUCUUAAGCAAGUUUUUAAACAAGCAGGCAUUUUUCAUGUCACCGAGAUGGAAUACUAUAUUUUACCAUGGUUAUAUUGCAAAUCAUUGUUACUGUGUUGAAGUAAGUGUGUUCAAAGGAAUACAGAAGUGCAAUAGCGAACAUUGAAUGAGUUGACUUUAGUGUAAUAUACGCAUUCAAAUUUAGAAAUGACAGAUAAUUUUCUUUUAUAUCUCUUGCCAAAAAAUGUCAAGAAAAGUGAUUACUUCUCUGUCUCUUUCUCUCUCGCUCAGCCUUAAAGGACAUUCUGACAAUAGCAUUUCUAAAAAUCCUUUUCUUUAACACCAGCCAAUGACUGAUUUCUUAAACUUUCCAGCAUUUAUGAAAAUGUAUGUAACAUUUUUAAAUUUAAUGAUACAGAAAACAUCUUUCAUUUAUAAAAGACUGUAAUUUCAGCUACUGUGUAUUAUUUACACCUUUAUAGAGUAGAACAUGUAAAAACAAUCUUGUAUUGCUUUUUUGCAUAGCAGUAAUAAUAGAAUUCACUGAUUUGUUCAGCAAUGCACUUUAAGGGAUACUGUACCUUGUUUAUUGCAGAUAAGGGAAGAUGCAUUUCAUUUUUACACUUGAUAUUGGUUCUCCUCUUUACAAGCUUGGGGAGUCAAGCUGCUUGACUAUAAUGUUCCAUCUGCAUUUUUAUUGAAUAGUUAAAGGGGUCAUUUUUAGAGCAUCUUUUUAUUAGCUUUAAGUGAAUAAAAUAGAAUUCAAAAUACUUUAAAACUUAUAAUUGUUGAGGACACCUAAUCUCUGGGGCCAAAUAAAAGCAUUCCUUAUGGAGAGGAUUCCUCUAGAGUUUAUUAUUGUAGAUACGUAAAGCAGAUUCAACAGAUGACUGCUAUAUAUGUUCUCACAUUUGGAAUUAAUAGAAAUCAACCAUUUUAUCUACAUAAUUCAAAAAAUCUUUUUCCUGAUGUCCACUUCAUAGUAUUAUAAAUAUUUUGAAUAGUCUGUGAAAUACAUGGGCUUUGUUCUUUAAAUACAAAUAAUGUCACUCUCUCCCCCUCUUUCUUUGCAAUUAUUAAAUUAAAUUCCAUUGGGAAAAAAGUUCAGGGGUUAUAAUGUAGAAUGGUUUUCAAAAAAUUAACGCUAACAAAUAACAUAUAUUACUAGAAAGGUAUGCCAAUCUUAUUUCACAGCAACAGAAACUGACAAAUGGCAGGCUUAUAUAGUGAAACUACUGCAGUAAUUCUGAAUAUUCAGUGGUGGAAAGCAUUGACACAUCCAGCGUAUUUUAUUAGCUGAAAUGAAGCUUAAGGCAUUUUGAAAAAUAAUUAUAUUCUAGUGUUGGUUUUUCAUACUUUCUCAAUUUUCAGAGUGCAAAGGUUUCCCAGAAAUUUAUACAGAUUGGUUCUUGUGUUUUCUGUUGUAAACUUGUUCAGAUAGACAAUAGAAGAGUUAUAAAUAUUAUGUAAUUUUUUUUAAGUUACUGAACCAUUUUUGUUUGUGUAUAGGUUUACUUCACAUUUUUGGAUUUGUAUUUUAAAAUAAAAUAAUACAAUUCAGAAUCAA